ACAUAAAACGGCCAUCCGAUCCCACGCCACUCAGAGAAACAGCAACUCCAAAGCUUGGCGGUCUGCGUGUGUGGCUCACUUGUUUCUCCUGCAGAAGACCAACCUAGGCAAUCAUGAUAGUGAUAGUAGACCUGCUGCUGAUGCUGAUAGACCUGAUUUACUCUAUAGUGUCAGCUAUCAUCCAGACUUUCCUGCGGCCGCGGCUUAAGUGCAUAGACGGGGAGCUGUGUCUGAUAACAGGGGCCGGGGGCGCGCUAGGGCGCCUCUUCGCCCUGGAGUUCGCCAAGGAAGGUGCGCACUUGGUGCUGUGGGACUGCAACACUGAUGCCAACGAGCAGACCGCCACGCUGGCGCGCGAGCUUGGAGUGAAAGUGCACGCGUACACGGUGGACCUGUCGAAGCGUCAGAGCAUCUACCAAGCGGCGGACAGGGUGAGGGCGGAGGUCGGGGAGGUGUCAAUACUGGUGAACAACGCGGGUGUGGUGGCCGGGCGAAGGCUGCUGGACUGUCCGGACGAGCUUCUGGAGAGGACUCUGCUUGUCAACUGCCACGCGCUCUUUUGGGUGAGACACACUUCCACAAACAGCUGGAACACUAAAAACAAACUCCACGUUUGCAAGAUUCACACAGCCACAUCCACCAGCCUAACAUGAAUUACAUAACUUGUAUUCACUCCGUUUCCCCCCACCGGCUCUGUUUAGUAUUUGUGCACUGACGUGUGAAGGGAUCAGAUGGGAGCUGGUGCACCACCACUCUGCAGUCUGUCCCUGAGUCUCUGUUUAAUGUUGCCGACCAGUUAGCAGGUGCCAUCCACUCAGCCACAGAAUAAUCGCAGCCCACGCAAGCCCACCAGCUAAAACAGCACGUGAUUCUGCCUUUGAUCCUCUUACAGUCUCAGUCCAAGGCUCAUGAUACAACUAAGAGUACAAAGCAUCAAGGAGAUCAGCUGUAAAUAUACCGUAUACUGGACUGGUGGUACUUUUAUAACAGUAAAGACCCUGUCCAUCUUACAUACAGUCUAUGAAGUUGGGGUCAAACACAACGUAACACCGAGCUAGACACCCCGUCGAGAGAUGCAUGUUGCCGACUGCUUGCUUCUCUAGUUAUACCAACUUCAGUAACGACCGCAUGAUAGCAAUACACAGCGGUCUGAGGAGCCAUAGACAAACCUCAACCAAAACGCCACUCUAUAGCCACAAAUAAUGCUCAGAACAGCACCUAACUUCAUCAACAGUACAUAUAGGGUCCCAGCCAUAGUACUAGCCACCAAACAUCUCUUUAACUUUGCAUGAUUUCUUUUGCAGAGACUAAAUACAACUCACCGUCUCUCUUCAAGCAGCCACUUGUUUGUAACAGACUGACCUGAGGUCUCAACACAGACUACAGCGGUAUGGGGUGCCGUUUGUAAAGCAGCCCAUUAUAAAAACAACAGCAAGAUUUGGUCACAUUUAGCAAAACAACAGCAAGAUUUAGUCACAUUUAGCUUCAAACAGCAUUUAAAAAAGUGAUGUGAAUUUUCGGCAGUCAUUUUUUUGCGCAUUUACAACAACAUUUAAAUACUAAAACUAAAUGUUAAAUGUUAAAUCUAAAUGUUAAAUCUAAAUCUAAAUGUUAAAUCUUAAUCUAAAUGUUAAAUCUAAAUCUAAAUGUUAAAUCUAAAUCUAAAUGUUAAAUCUAAAUGUGUUGGGCGAAACUAAAUAUUUAGCUAAUAUGCUAAUUCACGGUUGGACACCGGAAGUGCCAAAAUAAAAGCUCCAGAAGGUCAUAUUGAUGAUUCUUGUGUCGAAGAAAACGAAUUAAAACCAAUUUAAGGGGGGAACAAAUACUUGGGGUGACGUUUCGUGUUAAUAACUACCUACAAUAGCGACAGCAACAACAAAAACUUUAUUAGAAAGACUCGAGUUUUCAGUGUCGCUUCUCCGUAUGGCGCGGACUAUAUUUAACAUUUAGAUUUAGAUUUAACAUUUAGAUUUAGAUUUAACAUUUAGAUUUAUAUUUAACAUUUAGUUUUAGUAUUUAAAUGUUGUUGUAAAUGCGCAAAAAAAUGACUGCCGAAAAUUCACAUCACUUUUUUAAAUGCUGUUUGAAGCUAAAUGUGACUAAAUCUUGCUGUUGUUUUGCUAAAUGUGACCAAAUCUUGCCCAAUGGGCUGCUUUACAAACGGCACCCCAUACAGCGGGGUGACGCAGCUCAAGGAAGAAAAUUUAUGAUCAUUUCUUCAUGGAAAUGCAAUCAGACUGAGAUGCUAAGACAGAAGAACUACUGCAUCUGCAGUGCAAAAUGAUUAAUAUGGUGAUAGUUACUUCAAGGAAGAAAAAAAAGAUCAUAAAUGUUCUUCCUUAAGCUGCGUCACCCUACUGCAGUCCGUAAUGGACUGGCCUGAGAUCUCGCUACAAACAAGCAGCUGCUGGAAGAGAGUAGGUAAGUUGCAUUUAGUGUCUUUGCUAAAGAAAUUAGGCAGAGUUAGAAAGAUGUUUGGUGACUAGGACCCUCUAUGUACUGUUGAUGAAGUUAGGUGCUGUUCUGAGCAUUAUUUAUUAUAAACAUUAAAACAUUAAAAAAACAUUAAAAUCCAUUUCACUGAAGACAGCCUAUCAAAUGUUGAAAUAUAUGCUCAUCUUAAAUUGAAGGCCAACAACAAAACUCAGAGGAGCACGCUCACUAUUAUGUCAUUGUGCUCCAUGGGAUGCAUGGCAGGGUCUAGCACACGGACAUAGACAUAGACAUGCUGUUGUAGUACUAGUACAAAAUGUAGUUUUACACUUUCUUGCUGUAUUUUAAGGUCUUCCCUGGAAAUGCAUAUGCUGCUCUUAAAUCUAUUCAAUUCAUCCUUAUGCAGUAAUGGUGACUUCCCUGGGAUGUAACCAAACACCAUGGGCACAUACAUGACUUUCUAAAAGAAUGACAAAUAUUAUGAUUCACCAGACCUCAUGGUUUUCCACUUUGCCCCAGUCCACCUUCAAUGGGCUCAGGUUUAGAAAAGUUGCUGGUGAGUUUGGAUCAAAUUUAUAUCUAUGUAUUUAAUUGCACCGUGCAUGUUAACCAACCUGGUAAAAGGAUUUUUGGCAGUGAUUUGGAAGCCAUGUGGUAUUGCAGUCACUUCUUUUUUUAUAUUUUUUUUAAAUUCGAUCUUAUUAGAUGGGGGAUGCUACUCCAGUUUUGUUUUGUUUUUUAUUUUAGUAACUUUUUUGUAGUUAUUGUUUUCCCUGCUUUAGCCUUUAGCCUGCAACAUAUUUUUAAUAUUUACAUAUUUACAUAUUACAUAAUACAUAUUUUUAAUAUGUUGCAGGCAUCAAAUUUUAAACUAGCAGUUAGUAAUUUUAACAUGUUCCAUGUCAAACAUGUUUUGUUUUUUUGUUUUUUUAUCUUUGCACCAUUGUUAAAUCAUUUUUUUAAAUGAUGUGACAACCACCAGUUUUAUCAGCAUACAAAGCCUCCAAAAUUUGUUGGAAUUACUGGUUUCAGAUAGCAGACAGAGACUAGGGUUGCUUCAGGGUCAUACAGAAUCAGUUUUUCCAUGUUUCCAAUAAGAGGUGCUAAAAGCCUAACUCUAAUCUGAACCGAUCCAACAGAUGACAAAAGCCUUCCUGCCUCAGAUGAAAGCAAGAAACUGUGGUCACAUUGUGACCAUUGCCAGUGCUCUCGGGCUCUUCAGCACUGCAUGUGUUGAGGUAGGAUCCAUCUCUAUAGAGUCACUCACAGACAAAUAAAGCCAAAAAAAUAAAACAAAGAUCACUCUGCUAGUGUUUACACUCUCUCCCUCCAGGAUUACUGCGCCAGUAAAUUUGGAGCUGUUGGUUUUCAUGAGUCACUGACACAUGAGUUGCUAGCAGAAGACCUGGAUGGCAUCAAAACCACUUUGGUCUGCCCUUAUAUUGUCGACACAGGGAUGUUUGCAGGCUGUGAAAUCAGGUGAGCUACCACAGUUUAAUCUAACAUUGUAAACGCUGGCAGGAAAAAACAUAAGUGAUGUUUUUCUCUCCUAAAGGAAAGAGCUGCGGAGUUUGAUUCCACCUCUUGAACCCCUCUACACCGUUCAACAAUCCAUGAAAGCCAUUUUAGCAGAACAGCAAAUGAUAUGCAUUCCUCGCCUGAUGUACAUCCCCUUCCUGACAAGAGCGUAAGUACUGAUCUGGUUAUUUCCACACAGUGUAAACUAAAUCAAAAAACCUGAUUUGAAACUUGUUUUCCCUCUAGACUGCUACCUUGGGAUGCAAAUCUUGCAACAUACCGCUUCAUGGGAGGUGACAAAUGCAUGCUCCCCUUCAUAAAGAACGUUGAACUGAAGACGUCAAACGGCCUCAUCAAGUCCAACUGAGAAAUCCCUCUUUAUCUUUUGUUUCAUUCUUGGACCAAUGCAGAAACCAAAGGCUUGUGUUGAAUAUUUAUAUCACUUUUUUUGUCAUCUGAAGGGAAAGCCCCAAAUCUUGGCGUGACUUUUGACACUGGGCUGACUGGUAGCUGAAUUCACAGCCAUGCUGAACUCCAAGCAUGGUGUUAUUGUGUGGUGUAGUGAUUUAAAAAAGCACAAAGCUUAAUACGAGAGAAAGUACUUCCUUUUCUGAUCUAUGCACUAGAGGCCCCAAAAAAAAAAAAAACAGUCAGGUUCACAUUCAGAGAGCAAAGAGUGGGAUGAUAGCAGAUCUAUACAAGUGCCUCUUUUUAUUCACAUUACAGUGCAGAAACAAAGACUAGACAGGAACAAAUCUACAGGAAACAUGCAACAGAAAAAAAAACAUCUAGCAUCAUGUUUGAGCCACAGAUUUUAAACUCAUUUAUCAUAAAAAGGAAUUCAAACAUACAAAAAAAGCGCUAAAGAAAUCCCUCCCUGUUCGAUCCCAAUGUUCUGCAAUACUGCUGAGAUGUACCUCUGCUGCUGCUGUUAUUGAAAUAAACUGAUUGUAUCAUACGUUGAUAUCCAUGUUUGUUUGCUUUGCCACACAGCAAACAAAAAAAGCCAAGCACAAACAGCAAUUCAGUUUUGUUUCAACUUUUGGUCAUGUCGUUAAAAACCUUUUAUAAAAGAACCUCCGUCAGAGAACACAUCCUCAACUCAGGCAAAAAUCACCACUUCUCUGGUCAAUCUGUCAAAAGCUAUCAAGUCAAACCGAAACUGUGAGGACUCAAGUUCAGCUGAAGCAGGUCUGUCAUGUGACCCAGAAGUCACUGUGGCCUCCUGCACUGUAUUGUGGUCUCCUUAACAAGUGAACACCAUUGCAACAGUUUCAGACUAACUGUACAGUGGCUGCUUGUAAAUACCCCUGCAGAUACUGGAGAGCUUCUGCAUUCAGGCUGGUGCUAAGCAUCGAUGGCACCUGCAUCAAAAAUAAACAAACAAGAAUCACUGAUUUGACUCUCCAUUACUGUAACUGUAGAAAAGCACAGUCCUAAUCCUUCUGAGCUUUUCUGUUAACACAGAUAAUCAUAAAUAAAAUAACUUGGGCUUAAAGCUAUAAAUUUAUGCAUACACGUACCCUUCCUGGACAAGCUGUAGAGAGUUUGUGGAGUGAUUGGGCCAGGAGGAUUUUGGGAUUGCCGACAGCAUCUCCAAUGGGGUCGUGCUCUUUUUUUCCUGCAAAGGCAAGCUGUGAGAACGCGGUCUGAUAGCCCGGUGUGUCUUCAAUGUCGAUGAAGUGCUCGUCAUCUGGGAUGCUGUCAUCUUCCGGCAACUCGAACAGUCCGAUGAGGGCCUGCAGCAGAGGGGUCCUAACAGAGGGAGAUGUUAAAGAUAAAAAUAAAAAAAGACUCAGGUUUAACUUACAUCAACAAAUUGUCUUUUUUUUUGACAAGCAAAAAUUUAAAGACAUGUAUUCAAUUUUCUUCAAACUGAUUGCUCACCAGAGUUUAGUGUACUCUGUGUCCAUCAUUGCAGGACAUUCAGUAAGGAUCUUUAUGAUGCCCACAGCACAGAUCUUCUUUUCUACUGCCCCAGACACCUUCUGGACUUCAGGGAUUAUUAUUUUCUCCAACACCAUGCCAAACAUUCUACAAGAGAAAAAGUUUCAAAGAAAAUGAAAGUGAAUGUUUAGUCAGUACGAUGGAGUAUUAGGGCCACAUUAAGGAAAGAAAAAAAAAUUAAGACUUCCAGAUUAAAGUCAUUAACUCACCAUUGCUUACGAGAAUAAAGUUGUAAUAAAACCAUUACUUAUGAGAAUAAAGUCAGAACAAAAUCGCUACUUACGAGAAUAAAUUCGUAAUAAAGUCCUUAUAUUCUAACCUGUUUAAGAUGACAGUUGUUGAAAUGAGAGGCAUGGAGCAUUUCGUGAAAAUGUACUUCAAUAUAAGUUUCUCAAACAAGGAGACACUUCAUCUUUCGGCACAUCAGCACCACAUUAUCAUGAGUAUCAUAAUGAUUUUAUUAUGACUUUAUUCUCGUAAGUAAUGACUUUAUUCUCAUUAAUAAUGACUUAAUUCUCGUAAAUUAACGACUUAAAUCUUGAAGUCUUAAUUUUUUUUCUUAAUGUGGCCCUAAUACUCUGUCAUAAGUCAGUGAUCUUCUCCACUGAUAUUUAAGACAAAAAAGAAACUGAAAUGAAAAUAUAUGACUGGAAAUAUUUACUAUACCACAGAAAAAAAACAAGAAGUCUGCACUGCAUUUCAAAUAAGCAGACAUUUGUAUGCCCCUGCAUGUAAAUGUGCUGUCUAACAGUCAAGUGUGCUCUGGAACUAAGUUCAUUACCAAUACGUCUCACCUUGCCUUUCUGUGUAAUCAAGAUGCAACCCUUUAUGAGUUUACACAGAUUUCAUACAAAUCCGCUAAACUAUGUCUGUGGGAUAGGAGAUUAUGCACCAUCACAAGUGUAUCAGUAUGAAAGAAACAUAUUAGAAACUGUCUUUGGUAACACUUUACUUGAUGCCUCUCUCUAAAACACAUGAUAAAUAUGUAUAAUGGGUUAUAAUAUAGCACUGAGUAACUACAGUUAUAAAGCAUUUUAUCAUUACCUACAAGGUCCGAUAUUAUAGUGUGUUACGCUUAUUGUUAUAAAGCCUUAUGAUUAUUAAUGAGUGUUUAUAAUGAUAGUUACACAAGUUUAUAAGCAACUUACAACACAUAAAUAUAUGUACAAUGCAUAAUCUAUGUGGGCAUUGUCAGUGAGUUGUUAACAGUUAUAACACAUUAUAAUACCUGACCUUGUAAGUCAUGAUAAAAUGCUUUAUAAUGUGUUAUGAUUAUUGCUAUAAAGCAUUAUGAUCAUUUAUGAGUGUUUAUAAAUAUAGUUGUAUAGUUCUAUAAUGUGAUUAUAACGCAUUAUACAUAUAUUCAAAAUGCGUUACAGGGAUAGGCGUCAAAUUAAGUGUUACCCUGUCUUUUUCACCAUUUAACCAGGUCACCUUUAAAAUAGUUUACAAUAUCUGUGAAUCAAAGCUGACUACAGCUUUCAUUGUUUCUUAAGAUUCCCCUUUUGGCCUAAAAGUCCAAGUAUAGUUCUGGCUCAGGCGUUCCUCUAAAAAUGCACAAUUUCUAAAGCCCGAUGUCUCUGUGCAGGGAGUAGGACAGAUUUAUGUUGUUGUAGACCACCAACAAAUUCAAAAACAGAGACCUUAUAAUUUUUUGUGCCUCCUGCUGCCUAAAAAAAACCCUGAUGGAUGAACCCACUAAAUAACAACAGCAGACAUCUCAAUAUCCUCUCUGUCCACUGACUUUAAAAGAGAAGCAUUGAAAAAAAUACACUUACUUUGGCUGGAUGCUGUCAAAAAUCUCCUGAAGUGCAAUAGCUCCAUAUUUGACGCAGUACAAGUUGAUAAACACCAAGAAACCUUAGAGAAAAACACAACACUGAUCAAACUAACUCACAACUCUACAUAUGGAAACAUUUAUAAUUAAUCUUACUAAUAAUUCAGAGUGCGCUGAGGCCGGCUUUGCUUACUCUCGAUGCUCUGCAGACAAAGAUGUCAAAAGAAAGUAACAGACAGCUAUUAUACUAACUUUUGAUGAACUUGGUGGUUUUGGAACUUUGUAGCCUCUGGAAGAGCAAAAUAAAGAUCUGUUUCCUGUA